AUGCCCGGCCAAAACAGUAGCAUCGUGCUCAUCGUCAAGACGGGCGCCACCGAGGCGUUUAGCAAAAUCCCGACCCAGCUGCAGACGAUCCUGCGGUGCGCGCCCGACGUCCUCGACAAGAUCAAGGCCGGCGACGACUUCAACCUGUACCGCGCGCAAAAGGAGUGCCUGGUCGCCCAGGCCGACUGCACCCGCCACCGCGACAAGAACAAGGAGGGCUGGAACAUGGACAAGUACAAGAACAUCCACAUCGCCGAAAAGGCCUACAACCUGCGGCCCGGCAGGGACUGGUACGUCGUCAUCGACGCCGACACCUACCUCUUCUGGACCACCCUUGUCGCCUUCCUCGAGCGCCUCGACCCGACGCGCAAGCUCCUGCUCGGCAGCAUCGCGCACUACCUCGAUUUUCCCUUUGCCCACGGCGGUAGCGGCUACAUCAUGUCGCGCGGCGCCAUGGACGAUUUCGUGGGCGGCCAUCCGGGCAUCGGCAACACGUACGAUAAGAGGGCGUCCGAGGUGUGCUGUGGCGAUUGGAUGUUUUCCAAGGCCAUGAAGGAAACGUCGGACAUUCCCGUGACGCAAGCGUUCCCCACCAUCAACGGAGACAAGAUCUGGAGCAUGUCCUUUGGCCCCACGCACUGGUGCCAGCCCCUAGCCACCAUGCACCACGUCGACAGCGAAGAAAUGUCCCUCUUCUGGGAAUAUGAGAUGAAGUUCUACCUCAAAAACACCCUCCCCGGCGGACCGGGCCCCCGACCCAUCCUCCUCCGCGACAUGUACCAAGAGUACUACGUCCCCAAGUCCACCGAGACCCGCGAGAACUGGAACAACAUCAGCGACGACUGGAUCUACCUCGACCGCGCACCCCACAACGACGACGAAAAAUCCCGCCGCGUCAUGACCUUUGGCCAGUCCGCCACCGAAAAGGCCGCGGCCAAGUCCCUCGAAAACUGCCGCGCCGCCUGCGAGAAGAGGCCGGAAUGCUUCCAGUACUCGUACUUUGGCGACGGCAAGUGCGGCUUGGCCAAGUCCUUCAAGAUUGGCUACCCCACCAACCGCGAGGAGGAUCCCGCCAAGAGGCAGACGUCGGGCUGGCUCGGGGAGAGGAUCAAGGCGUGGGUGGAUGAGCAGGGCGAGUGCGCCGCGCCCGUGUGGCCCGUCGUGAAGAAGGGCCUCUUUGGCAUGGGGACGUCGUAA